AAUUCCGCCUCGGUUUUGAGCUUGUCAACCACAACCAAAAUUACAUUUAUUUGUUUCUUUGUUUCCCAAAAUUACUCUAAAUUGCAGCGCCAAUAUGAACGGCGAUACUUAUUCAUCAAGAGGCAUGGCACCUUCAACGACAAGACCAAAAAGGGAGGAUGGAGCUACUACUGACAAGAAAGCAUCAACAGAUCGACAUGGCCCAUCUAGAGAUUAUCAUGUAAGCCUUCUUUUAUCAAUUUUUUCAGGUGUAAGUUAUCUAAUGAAAUGCAGUCUCGAGACGAUCGACGUGGUGGGGAUAGAGAUAGGCGACGCUCGCGCUCCCCAGGACACCGAGGCUCCAGAAAUUCUCGUCGCGAUGGAGAGUUAGACACACGGGAUUCUUACUCAACAAGUCGCGAAUAUAGAGAGAGGGAGCGUGAAGAUAGGUACUCUGGCAGGGAGCGAAGAGGCGGCGAAAGAGAAUGGGAUAGAGAUCGCGGAGCAGCAAGGCGAGAUGCUAGAAGAGACGAUGAUGAAAGACCGCCGCGCAGAGAUAACAGAGAUCUAUUCGACGAUAGACGUGGUGGAGGUGGCAGAAGGGGUGGUGACCGGGGCGACCGAGGUGAUCGACGAGACCGUGGAGACCGCGGAGACGACGGAGGAUUCGCUGCUCAACGAGCUGCGAAACGAGACAAGAGUCCAACUCCUCCACCGAAGAAGAAGGAGCCGACACCUGAUCUGACGGAUAUUGUACCAAUCUUGGAGCGUAAGAGGAGAUUGACACAAUGGGACAUCAAGCCCCCAGGAUAUGAGAAUGUCACUGCUGAGCAAGCUAAACUUUCGGGCAUGUUCCCACUUCCAGGAGCACCAAGGCAACAACCAAUGGAUCCAAGCAAGCUACAAGCUUUUAUGGCACAACCCAGUGGCUCAGUCACUAAUGCAGCUCUUAAACCUUCGAACUCUAGACAAUCGAAACGUCUUCUUGUGCAUAACAUUCCCGCCGAUACCAAGGAAGAGACUCUUGUUGGGUUCUUCAACCUGCAGCUCAAUGGAUUAAACGUUAUAGAAGGCUCCGAUCCAUGUAUCUCAGCACAGGUCUCAAAGGAUGGCUCAUUCGCUCUACUCGAAUUCAAGACGCAAUCCGAUGCUACUGUUGCUCUAGCAUUGGACGGAAUUACUAUGGAGAAUAAUGACCACAUGGUAACAGGAAAUGGCUCCGCAGAUACCCAAGGUCUUUCCAUUCGUCGUCCAAAAGAUUACAUCGUGCCCGCGGUCACUGAUGAAACACCAUUCGAGCCAGGUGUAGUUUCUAAUAUUGUAGCCGACACUCAAAACAAGAUCAGCGUUGCUAACAUCCCCCACUACUUAAAUGAUGAGCAAGUUACAGAGCUCUUGGUGUCUUUCGGGGAGCUCAAGGCAUUCGUAUUGGUCAAGGAUAGUAAUACUGAUGAAUCAAGGGUAAGCGCACAAAUACAUGGUCUCAACUAGAUACUAAUAUGAUCAGGGAAUUGCUUUCUGUGAAUACGUGGAUCCUGCUGCAACUGACAUUGCUGUCGAAGGUCUUAAUGGUAUGGAGCUUGGUGAUAAACAUCUCAAGGUCCAGAGAGCUAGUAUCGGUAACACUCAAGUUUCCGGCUUGGAGAUGAGCGUCAAUGCUAUGUCUAUGCUUGCUGGUACCACAUCACAGGAUCUCGAAAAUGGCAGAGUAUUACAAUUACUUAACAUGGUGACUCCCGAAGAACUUAUUGAUAAUGAAGAUUAUGAGGGUAAGUGUUUCGUGCCUAUUCGUGUGAAUAUAUACUGAUCAAUACUUUAGAAAUUUGCGAAGAUGUAAAGGAAGAAUGCGAGAAAUAUGGAAAAGUUCUUGAAAUGAAGGUCCCAAGACCAACUGGUGGCAGCAGGCAAUCAACUGGUGUUGGUAAGAUCUUUGUGAAGUUUGACGCUCCAGACUCAGCAGGCAAGGCUCUUAAGGCCCUAGCAGGCAGGAAAUUCGCAGACCGUACUGUGGUUACUACAUAUUUCCCAGAGGUAAAUCCAGAAUCCGUUCGAUUUAUUCACAACCAACUACUAACACUUACAAAGGAAAAUUUCGAAGUCAGCGCUUGGUAGAUGGUUCACCAAAACAUCAAAUUCACCAACUUUUUUCCAAUCUAGGCAUACCCCCGUAUUUACUCAUGAAAACACCACAUUCAGUCAUACGCAUACACAUCGCGUAUUGGGACGAUCUUAUAUCCUUCUGUACUUUUAGUAUCACUGGCCUCUUAGUAUUUCAGUCGCAGGCACGAUAGGAGUCUUAACAUAUUCGAACAAAAAGCAGAUAGUUUCCCAAAAGUGUAUCUUUCCUAACCUUUAUAGGAUGAUGAUGAUGCACUUUCGUUAUGCUACUUACUAAUGAGUUUUGGUCGAUGAUACUUGUUUACAGUUGAUUUAAAUUUAAA